AGACAUUUGUUGCCAGUAAUAAGAGACUCUGCUGCUUGGGGGUGGGGUAUUCAAUCUGUAGUCACUCUUCUAGUGAACACUUACACCUCUGUUAUGUGUAUAGAACUAUAUAAUUUAUUAUUGAGAUUAUGUCAACACAUUGCCCAUCCCCACCCUCUACACUAGCUUUGAUCCUGCAUAACCUUAAAUUGCCAACAAACUGAAACAUCAAAAAUAGUGCAGAGCAAAUCUUUUGAACUUGAUAAAUUGGAGGGAGAUUGGUCACCACUGUUCCCUUAAAGUCCUAUGUUUAUCUAAGGAGUCUGGCCACAUCUGACAAUUUGUCUACACUUGAGAAAAUAGGUUCACAGAUUUGAGAAGAAAUAAAUAUUGGAUUAUGAAGAGCCUUUAGCCAGACACAACUAAAUGCCUAUAAUUAUGUGGUAUGCAAGAAGUUAGCAUUUAUGGAAAUAUGCAAACCGGAGCAAAACCCUUGACUAUCACAGACAGCACUUCAGACUUCUCAGAAUAGUGAUCCUACUACCUCACUACUAUGGCUGUCCUGGAUUCUUUCAUCUCUUUUGAAAACCUUAGAGAACUAAAGCGGCUCUGUCAUUGGGGUCCAAUCAUAGCUUUGGGGGUCAUAAUCAUAUGCUCCAUUGUGGCCAUUUUAGACUCAAUUCUUUGGUACUGGCCACUGGAUUCCCCGGGUGGAAGUCUCAAUUUCCUCACAUUGGUAAACUGGACUGUUAUGAUUCUCUACAACUAUUUCAAUGCAAUGUUUAUUGGGCCUGGAUUUGUGCCUCUGGGAUGGAAACCGGAGAACCCUCAGGACUCUAUGUAUCUGCAGUAUUGUAAAGUGUGCCAGUCAUACAAAGCGCCUCGCUCCCAUCACUGCCGCAAAUGUAACAGAUGUGUAAUGAAAAUGGAUCACCACUGCCCCUGGAUCAACAACUGCUGUGGUCAUCGGAACCACUCGUCGUUCACGUUGUUCCUUCUUCUGGCGCCUCUUGGUUGCAUUCAUGCUGCCUAUAUAUUUAUCAUGACCAUGUACACACAGCUUUACAACAGGAUAUCUUUUGGGUGGAAUUCGGUGAAGAUUGACAUGAGUAUGUCUAGGAGAGAACUUUCUCCUGUUGUUCCCUUUGGAAUUUCGGCAUUUGCGGUGUCCUUGUUUGCUUUGGGCUUAGCUCUGGGUACUACUAUUGCUGUAGGGAUGCUGUUCUGCAUUCAGAUGAGAGUCAUUCUGAGAAAUAAAACCUCAAUAGAAUCAUGGAUAGAAGAAAAGGCAAAAGACAGAAUUCAAUACUAUCAAACAGGAGAAACGUUUACUUUCCCCUAUGAUUUGGGUAGCAAAUGGAAGAAUUUCAGGCAGGUGUUUACGUGGUCUGGAUCACCCGUGGGCGAUGGUAUUGAGUGGGUGCUUCAUGAAGGAUGUCACCGAUAUUCUUUUACAAUUGAGCAGUUGAAGCAAAAGGCGGAUAAGCGUGUACGCAGUGUGCGGUACAGAGCUGUAGAGGAUUACAGUGGCGCCUGUUGCCCAGUUACCAAAGGCAUCAAAACAUUCUUCACAACGCCGUGCACCGAGGAACCCAGGAUGAAGCUGCAAAAAGGAGAGCUUGUUUUAGCCACUAGAGGGUUAAAAAACUGGAUGUACGGAGACAAGAUUAUUGAUUCAGACGCACCAGAAGACAGCUCAAGAGUAAGAGGCUGGUUCCCCAGGCGAUGUGUGGUGAAAUAUAUCUCGGAUACAGGCUCCGACCAAUCAGAUGAUGAGAAGAAAACCAGAUAACCUAUUCUAAAUGCCUUUAUCCCUGAAUAUGUGCCACAAUCCUAUCCACUCACUAUGGAUUAAUGUAGCAUUGCUGAAUGCACCAUUACAACCGAGCCCUGACCUGUUUUAUAAGUUAAUAGAGUCAAUAUAACCUACCUCUUCUGUCACAGUGAAACCUUUUUGGCCUUGAAGGGGUUAAAGAAAGUCUCAUCUGACCUAGCGCACCAAGCAAGGAUGUAAACUUUAUUGAGACUCUUAAUUUAUAAAUCAGUGAGUUAAAGAACAAAUAAAGUAACAUUAUUAAGAAAAAUAUUCUACCGGGGCUUUGUAGCUUUCACAUAAUGCAACCUCCGCCUGUAUUUAUAUUGCAGGCACAUUAUGAGUUGCUCUGCUUUGUAAAACCAGCUAUAUCUAAGUUUGUCACCGCUCGGUAAGAUGCACAGGGUUUGUGGCAACCACAGGACAUUUUUUUUAGGAAUGGUGAGACGUGAUAAUUUCUGUUGUGACAUAUUUAAGAACCGCUGGUUUAAGAGCAAUAAAAUGCUGCAGAAUUUGUUUACAUAAAA